AUGAAUACACUUUUUUCAAUAAUACCAACAGAGGUAGAUACAGCCUUCAAGGUGACGGGCGGGCCCGGGUUCACCAACGACACCAAUAUGUAUAUUAUACCUGAAGCACCUGAAGUGGUAUUACAGAUAAAGCCACCACUACUGCCAUUUAUUACGGAUAAUCAUCUUGCACUUAUUUUGCCCAUCAUUGUGUAUUGGUCGAUGGGACUGUUUUUCCACGUUUUAAACGAGCGAAACAUGUUUGCACGGUACCGACUACAUACACCAGAAGAACUAGAGAAGCGUAACAAAUGUUCACUAUGGCAAGUCUUACGGGCUGUAUUUAUUCAACACUCUUUGCAAACGAUAUCGGGUAUUUUAUUGGAAAUGUUUGAACCCCAUGAGACUACAGGCCAUGAGGCGCGUGCACUUUGGGGGAUUGAGCACUGGUUUUUGUUGAAUGGGUUACUGAAUGUAAAACUAAGCAAGGACAUGUCAUGGUUUGUAUACUACGUGAUUAAACCUGGAUUUAAACUUGGAGUGGCAUUUUUUAUUAUUGAUACCUGGCAGUUUUUCUUACACCGAUACAUGCAUAUGAACAAAUUUCUUUACAAGCACCUUCAUUCAGUUCACCAUCGAUUGUUUGUGCCUUAUGCUUUUGGGGCACUUUAUAAUAGUGUACUGGAGGGCUUUUUAUUAGACACUUUGGGAACAGGAGUGGCACAUUUGGUGACAGGGCUGACUGCACGGGAGUCUGUAAUUUUAUAUGUUUUUUCAACUAUGAAAACAGUAGAUGAUCAUUGUGGGUAUGCACUACCUUGGGAUCCGUUCCAGUUACUUUUCCCCAACAAUGCCAUUUAUCAUGAUAUUCAUCACCAACACUUUGGUAUCAAAACCAACUUUUCACAACCAUUCUUUAUAUUUUGGGAUAAACUAUUUGGUACACGGUAUACUCAGAUGGAUGAGUAUGUGGCUAAGCAGCAUGAGAUUCGCGAAGCCAAGUAUAGAGAGCACUUGGAGCAGCAACGUGAGGAACGGGAAAAGAAGGAACAGUAA